GUAAGAGUUACUGAGUUAGUCAGUGUGGUAUCGCCGCGCGCAUUGCACGUAUCCCACGCGCGGUUCAUUCACCCCGAGUUUACGAUCGGAUCAGCUGUCAAAAGUUGACGUCCCCAAAGUGAAUUACGGAAAAGUGCUCAACAGACGCCCGAAUAAACGCAAACAGUUAUGGCGCGAGUUUUUCGGCCACGUUCUGACGUGCUAGUGUUGUGUUUGUGAUACCGGUAUCGAUAGUGUUGUUGGCAGUGUUGUUUUAGAGCUUGUCCGUUUCGGUGGAUUGUUGUUAUGCUGUUAUCAUGACACAUUGAUGUCUUACGAAGCUGAUAUGUCUAUAAUUAGCGAGCUGCAAUGGCUGCAAGAUGACGAGCUGUUUGCCUUAUCCUUACAAAACGAGAUCGAAGCAGCGGAGGCCUGCAAAUGGCUGCGAGCGGCCGGCUUCCCGCAGUAUGCCCAGAUGUACGAAGACCUCCAGUUCCCAAUCGACGUGUCAGGGGUACAAAACGACCACCCGUUCCUCGACGCGGACUCCCUCCAGUCCCUCUUCAGGCGGCUCACGGCGCUCAACCGUUGUGCCAAUAUGAAGCUGGAACACCAUCACCAUCAGAAGAGAUCCAACGACUCAGACGACGAUCAGUGCGCUUUAAGUGACAAGUGGCAGUACGAGAGGAAAUCGCGGAGAUGGUCUCGAGUCGUCGAGAUAACGCCGCAAGCUCAGAGGAGAUUACAGGUGAUAGCAGCUCGCGCCUUGGCAGAGCGGGAAGCGCGGGAGGCACGGGGGGAAGUCGAGGAUGAUGAAGACGAAACCCUUCCCACCAUCAGAGUGGGGCUGGUGGACGCUGAUGGACACUAUACAGAUGUGGAGCCUGAUAUAUUGACAGUGCCGGGUCAACAAACUCAUAUUCAGUUACCAAGCGAUAAAGAAGAUGAAGAGGAAACGGGUACCAGGUUUCGAAGAACUGGAUCAGAAAGACUUCGUGAUGGAGCGAAAGCUUUAUUACGAAGAGUAGAAUCCCUUAAAACGAGAAGAAGAAAACGGCAAAAUAGAACAGAAGUUAUAGUAUCAUCACCGCACUUUCUAGAUGUCCAACAGGACAAAUAUCCUGAUCUGAACUAUAUUGAUAUGACCCCCACGUCUCCCACGGCUUUUCCUUUUCCAGAUUUCCAUAGCUCUCCCAUUCAUGCACCAGCAAUACGAACCCAACCUCCUUCACCAAUGACAAUUAUGCCACCCUCGCCCAUAGCACCUUUAGAACAAGCCUUUCCAAUACUGCACCCUCCUUUUGGUGAUGACAGUUCUAGUUACGCUUCAGAUAACAGCAUGGGUUCAAGCAAUAAAAGUUCUAAGUCAAAGUUGGGUAGAGCCAAAAGGAUUUUUCAUCGGGGUUUGAAAAGUGAUGAUUCAAGCGCGCUAAGCGAUUCUGAAUGCCAACCAGCUAGUUGGAGACAUAAUUAUUAUAAGGAGCACAAUACUCAUCAUAAUACUGAGGUGGAGCCACCAGCACCACAGCUAGAACUCAAACCGGAUCCAGAAGUGCUCCGAGAAGUGCAGAAGUCCCCAGCGCAUACCCCUCACAGACGACAAGCUAUUAGAACAAGCUCUCUGAAUCUGGGAAAAGAUGGCCAAAAAUUUCGAGAUAGAAGCCUCAAAAGAGACAAAUCAGCAUCCAGAAGCUCUGAGCUAGAUGGCAGUCCAAACUCCGCCGGCUCCAGAUCACACGAUGGGGACCAUGAUGACGAUGACGACAGCCUUGAUAUUAAGAGUAAAAAAAACAACAUCCAAAGAUGGUAUUCCUUUAGAACCAACGCCCUAAACGGGGGCCCAAAAGCAAACAAUACUUUACAGCCUGCACCAAAUCAGAAAAAUCCUGAUACUUACCUUUCCCGUCCAAUGUCCUCAUUAUCAUGUGGUCAGCUUCAUAUCCUAAGAAAAUUGGCACUCCUAAGACUCACGGCGUGUAUGGAACGUUACUGUCCUUCACAUAAAUCUGGUUGGAACUGGGAACUGCCAAAAAUUAUUAGAAAGAUUAAAACUCCUGAUUACAAAGAUAAAACAGUUUUUGGUGUACCCUUAACUGUAUCACUACAGAGGACUGGUCAUUCCUUACCGAAACCGAUACAGCACGCUCUUAAUUGGCUAAAAAGUAAUGCAUUAGAUCAGAUGGGUAUAUUUCGAAAAGCAGGCGUUAAAUCAAGGAUAGCAAAACUGCGGACGAUGGUAGAAGCAGCCGGUGCUGCUAACGCGGCGUUUGCUAUAGAAAACAUGAACACCAUGGAUCCGAACCAGUCUAGUCUAAGCUUCGACGGUGCGCAGGCGCAUGACGUCGCGGAUAUGGUGAAACAGUAUUUUAGGGAGCUACCGGAUUCCUUACUGACCAAUAAAUUGACUGAAACGUUUAUUGCAAUAUUUCAACAUGUACCUGAACCACUGAGGCCAGAUGCAGUGCAAUGUGCUUUGCUACUUUUACCAGAAGAACAUUUAGAAGCGUUGCAAUCUCUUCUAAUAUUUUUGGCUGAGGUUGGCGAGCAUUCGGCUGUGAAUCAGAUGACUGCGUCAAACUUAGCAGUUUGUUUUGCACCUACUUUGUUAAGGUUACACCACGCACCAACUCACACUGGCAGCACUAAAGAAGGCAACUCCAAUAGAACAAUCAUAGAGAGCAUAGCGGAUCAGAGACAAAUCAGUGAAUCACGGGCAGCGCACGCGUGUUUAUUGUUACUUAUACAACAACAUCGACAGCUGUUUCUGGCACCCGCUGAUAUGCUGGCAAGAUGCAAGUUCAACUACUUUGAGGAGAGUGUGCCGGUUUCCCUUGAAGAAUUAGGCGCGGACUUUAAUCAAGACUGGAAAGGCUUCCAACAAGCCUGCAUCAAAGCUUUACUGAAAGAAGCCAAAGAAAAAACGCGAGGUUGGAUGUCAGUAUCAGGGGCCGCCCCUCACGUUGAGCUAUGCUGCAAGAAAGUAGGCGACGGUCAUCCGUUGAGACUAUGGCGCGCCACCACCGAUGUUGAAGCGCCGCCGCAGGAGGUUAUGCAAAGGAUACUCCGCGAGCGGCACAUUUGGGACGACUCGCUGGUGAAGUGGCGCGUCGCAGAGAAGUUGGGACCGACUGCUGAGGUGUUCCAGUACAUCACGGCCAACAGCUUCAACUUGACUCCGAGGGACUAUUGCGUUCUACGGUCGUGGCAGCAAGGCGGUGGUGGGGGUGGAUGGUGCGCGGUCGCGGAGACGUCAGUCGCUCACGGGGCGCCGGCGACGGAGGGCGCUCGAGGAGUGGUCCUCGCGUCUCGGUACCUCGCUCAGCCUGCGGGAAAGGGCCGGAGUCGACUAGUGCAUUUAGCUAGAGUUGAUACUAUGGGCCGAACACCCGAAUGGUACAAUAAAUGCUACGGCCACAUCUGUGCACUCUACCUAGCUAGAAUCCGCGCCUCUUUCAAGCACAACACAGAAGGACCCGAGUCGAAUGUAUGAUCCAAGCAUUCCGCUUAAAGCCACCUCGUAUAGGGUUGGCCUUAAGCCUGAUAUAAAAACUUUUUCACCCUUUUUCACAUUUGUGAAGGCGUGUUAAUUAUCUGUGGAUAUUAUGUGUUUCAUCUGUGGAUAUUAUAUUGUUGUUUUAAUUAGGCUCAAAAAGACUAGAACUCAGAGCCAGUAAAGGCAGUUUAUAAAAUUUACUAUUAAAAAUGGCUGACCGUUAUCCAUUAAAUCUGUUCGCAUGUUUAAUAAUAUAAUUUGUAUUCGAGAUCAUCUGUUUUUCAGUACUCAAUUAUAAAAAUCUUGUUUUAUUCUGGAGCAAGUGUGAGUGACUUAUUUAACUGCAAGAACAUGGGUUUGGAUGGAUUAAGGUAAUUUUGCAGUAUUUAAAUUCACAUUCGUUUUGAGUAAUGAAAAAUGUUUGUCUCGAAACUACAUUAAAAUAGUAACUAAGUGCGGAUGUGGGCAUUUAUACUGUGGUGACAUUUCUACUUUUCGAAAAGCCUUUUAUCUAUGGUAUCUAUGACAAAAGCAUAGUCUUUGGCGUCACAGACCAAACCACACUUAACAAAUACACGUCACAGCAGAGUUUGUGCGGCCAGAUACAAAUUCUAAUAUUAUUAUGAUGCAAUAUAAAUGUUAAGCGUAAUCUUUGAUCAUAAAUAAUAUUUACUAGUUUAAAGAAGUUCUACCUACCUCCGAUAUUCGUGUUACUCUAAACCUUAAUAAGGGUUGUAUUACAUAGAGCUCUCACAAUCUACAUAAUCCAGUAAACCUUUACUUGUUUAAACAGUAACUAUUUAUAGUGCCACGACCGAAACUGGAACUGAUGUCAAACGUUCGCAAUUUUGCAGAACAUUAUACCAAAAGCGAAUUUCCAUAUCUAUGACGGCCGCGUGGCGCAGUGGGUAGUGACCCUGCUUUCUGCAUCCACGGCCGUGGGUUCGAUUCCCACAACUGGAAAAUAUUUGUGUGAUGAGCAUGAGUGUUUUCCAGUGUCUGUGUGUAUUUAUACAUUAUAUUAGUAUUUAUAUGUAGUAUAUAAUUGUAUAUUAAUAUUAUAAUAUCAACUAUCUUUGCACCCAUAACACAAGCUACUCUGUAUGCUUACUUUGGGGCUAGAUAGUGAUGUGUAUUGUUUAAGUAUAUUUAUUUAUUUUUUAAUUUUUUUUAUGACCCGUCUGGCUACAUUUUAUCUAAAAGUAUUUUACUUAAUGCUUUUUUGAAUGCUUAAAGGCUAAACUAAUUCUACCUUCACUUUUCAUAUUGCCGAAUAUCCAUGUCAAAUAGUAUGGUGAAACUGAGGCUGCUGUAAUACGACCCUUAUCGCCCACAAGGGACCUACCAAAAAGCCUGACUGCAUCAUGCAUCUUAUAUUUUAGUUUUUUUAUAGGUUAGAAAAAAUAUUUUAUAAUAUUCGUGAUUACAAAUUUCUCCCCAUGGUGCGUUAUGUAAAUAUUAUAUAUUAUUACUUAUUGAACUAUAAGAUCAUCACAAUGUUGAUAUAAAUAAAUAAAAAAGUUAAAUGUAUUAAUAGAGUAAUAUCUUAUUAUAAAUCAAGUAUUAUAAAACAAAGAUUUAUAUAAAUAACUCCUUAACACUGAAGCUCUAUGGCUCUGUUUUUAUUGAUUUUCUCAUAAUUUUUUUUUUUGUAUUUUGCAUACGCACAGUAGUUAUGACUACAGAUUAAGCGGCAUUCCCUUGUAACCAAACAAUAUAUGGCUUUGUCUGUGUAUUUUUUUACAAGAUGUAGGUAUAGGUAUUUUGUGUGUAUACUUACUUCUCAGUAUCUAUAAAUAGUUACAUCAGCAUCCUCUGUGGUUUUGUUAAAACUCUAUCUUCACAGAAUGAAGGUUUGUCAUUGUCUAAAUUUUUUUUCGAGUAGGUGGUUCGUAAAUGUUUUACCAAGCCCUAUGUAAAGUUAUCAUUACAUAUCACUAGUCAUAUUUUUAUGUAAUAUUUUAUAAUAAACAUAAUUUUAAUAAAAAAAAAACACAUUGUCAGUACCUGCCCUGUGUUCAGGAUUAUUAAAUAGUAUUACAUGUUUCCCCAAUAAAUAAUAAUUAUUAUUGUUGUAAUACUCUGUCCUAUAGGUCCGCCAUCUUAUACCAUAGACAAAUACAAAGACUACUUGCAAUUUUUUUAAAGUGUUAUCUACAUGUACAAGUGUCUAAAUAUUUGUAAAUCAGGAAUCAAAGUAAUAAUUCUUCACUCUGGGAGCCCUGACCACCGCACCGGGCGGUUGCUUGGGCACUCGACUUAACUUCCCGUUACGGGAAGGCUGGAUUUUUUUUUCAUAAUAUUUAGUGGUAUUUUGAAAAGGAACUAUUAGAUUUUAUAAACAUUGUUGAAAAUAAAAUGAGUAGGUAUAAAUAUUUAUAUGAGAGAAAAAGAAAUUCGUUAAAUUUUAUGAAUUUGUCUAUGAAAAAUUUUAAAUUUAUAUUGAUUUAUUUUUCAAGAUGGCGACUUAUCAAACAACCCACAAUUUUAUGAUAUUGAAACCUAAGCUAAAUGUUGUAUUGAUAGAAAAUAUUGGUGUUUAUUAAUGUUGUAAAUUGAAUUUUUAUUGUAAAAAGUCUGAAUGUAAAUACUUAGAAUUAUUUAGCUAUAGGUUGUACCUAAUGAAGUGUUUCUUAUUUGGUUAAAUCUAAAUAUUUAUUCGUCACGUUAAAUUAUUAUUAUGAGGUUUAAUUGCGAAAACCAGGCGCAAUAACUUACAAUCUAACUAAACAACACCACAGUAAACACACAUGGCUAAAAAAACCUUGUGUCGCCCUCAAUCACGGAUUUUAACAUUAUUUGGCAGACCAUUAUCAUAGAAUUGGAAUUGUAUAUUUAUACAAAAUUACACAAAUUAUUAUUAUUAAAAUCAGCUUUAUUUAAAAUCAGUUCAGUGAAUAAAUAAAAAAUAUUUACUUUAAAUGUACAAUUAGAAUUUUAAAUUUAUUUGUCUAGAUUGUAAUUCGCUGUUCUAAAAAUAUUUCAUAUUGCACAAUAAAUAUUUAUAUUUGAUAAAUUAAACAAGCAAUAUCCCCAUUAAAGAUAAUAAAAUUAGUAUAAUUGAAAAUCUUGUACCUAAUAAGCAUUUAGCUAUAAGAAACACUCGUACAAAAACAAACUAUUUCCAAUUAAUAUGGAAAAUAUAAUAUGGAGCCAAAUAUCACAAAUUACUUAUUUGUAAAUACAUUUUAAUAGUUUCUAAGAUAAUGUUUUAAAAUAAAUAGUAAUCUCAGUAGGUAUAUUGUAAUUUAUGUGUUGUUAGUUACCUGUGAAAUCACAAUUUAAUGAUAUAUUAAAUACAUAUUAUAGUUAUAAGUGAGUGAUUUGGUGCCGAUAAGGAUAAGUGCAAAUGUAUUUAUUUCAAUAAAAUUACUUGAAAUUUGUAAAUCUUCUCCAUUUCAUAAUAUUGAUAUUAAAAGUUAUUCGCAUAGAACUAAAGUUGUUAAAUGGAUAUGGUAUUUCUACUUUCAGAAAAAGGUUUGCUUUUUGAUGUAGUAUUAUGGUAACUAAACUUAAAAGUAAAGUGUAUGCAUGCAAGUAUUUGAUUGGUGACUUUAUGUGUAAAACUGAAGGAGCAAGGAAAAAGCAUAUUUUUAAAUUAUCGGUUGCCUGUGAGUGGUUGGUAAGCAAAAGUUUUUUUUUUUUAUGAAUGGUUUUUGAUAUCAUGCAUUCUCCCUCUGUAUCACUGUUAAUAACGCGUUUUUGAUGCGUAGACACACAAAUAUGAUAGUGCUAUUCAUUUACUACUUUAACUGUAGGCAAACCGUCUUCUGAGCACAGAAUAACUAUGUGUAAAAUGUAAUAGUGUUGUCCCUUUCACACUGUACCCGAUAGAAAAAGAUACUAUCUAUACAGAUGUAAUUUUUAUGACAUUAAUAAAAUGUGAUAAUUAAUGUAUCAUUUGCAGUCUUAUUUUUAAAUUAACAUUAUUUAUUAUCAUGCCAAAAUAUUAAUUAUUUAGCUACUUCUUUUAAUAAUCACUGAUUACUACUCAAUUUUGAAAUGUAAUCAAACACAAGUAAAGUUAGUAAAAGCGCUUAUUUGGUAUCCUAGAUACAAAUUAAUGUUACUUAUAUUUUUAUGUAAAUAAUUAAAAUAUUCAGUAAAUAAUAAUCUUACUAGUCACAUAUAGCAAUAAAUAAAUAAAGUCAUAAAUAUUUGAAUAGGUAAGCAUGAUAAAAGUAAUCGUUAAUUUAUAGAUAAACACUUAUACGAACGUAUACGGAAUGUAAAUUAAAUACAGUAUUUUCCACACAUUUACUAUUAAACGGUAAAGCUGCUUCAGACAAGUUUGUUGUUGAAUGAGCGAGUAAGACAUAUUAUUUAAUUACACGAAACUAAGAUAAUUAUGCACGAUACAUGACUUUUCAACCAAUAGCAACGUUGCUUUCUGUCUGGCAUACAUUCCGCUUGUCUGUGGUGCUUUAGACAACGUUCCAAUGCACGCAGUUCUAAUCAACAAGCAGUUAUAAAUAAAAUAUUAAAUAUUCACCGUUUAAUACUCCUUGUAUGUUAGUAUUGUGUAAAAUACCUAUUUUAAGUAAGAAUAUAAUAAACUAAUGCAAUGUGAUUUAUUCUUUAUGAAUUAUAUGGACCAUUAAAAGUGAUGACACUUAAAA